UUACACAAUCCACAUGUCAUUGAUACAAUGAUUCUUCUUUUAUAAUACCAACGAAUGAAUCGUAAAACAGAAAUACGUUGUAAAAGAAAAAACACUCUAUAUUUAUCGGAAGAUCUCAAACAAUGAUUAUGACAUUGUUCUGCAAUGACACGGUGAUUUUCAAUUGUCCGUCAUUCUCGCGGAACAGUGGGAGUCAACCAUCAAUUGCAAUCGUGCGCGCCACCCCUCUGGAAGCUGCGACGAAAAAUAAAAGUAGCGCGUUCAUCGCUAUCCAAGCCUCGGUCGAUAUCAAAGUCGCCAAAGAAAGGAAAGAUCGUCAAACAUCCCCUGCUGGGAGGACGGGGCGGAGGGAGGGGAGAGAUGAAAUAGAGAAGAAUAUAGAGCCGGCGUGGAAAAGCGCGCGCGAACCGGGAAAUGUUCUCUGCGGCCCCGAAGCGACGACGCCACGUACUAGAUGGUAUAUUAUUGAUCAAUAAGAGAGGCUAACAUGGGUGACCUGUGCCGGCAGAGGCAGCUGUUACUUCCUCCGUAUUUUUACGUGACGCGCGUGUACCGCGAGAAACCGAUCUUCGAACAGUGCCCGGACGAGAUCUCGACGUUCUCCUGCGUGUCUGCGACAAAGUGGCACCGUGCUGCUUGGGACAAGAAGUACCGACCGCGUACGUGAAACGCGCCAGCCUCAUACUCCCGAAUGAAAUACGCGAAACGAGGGAGACAGAGGGAGUAACGGAAGAGUAACGGCCAGCCAGGAUAGCUGAAGAGGCAGGAGUUAGGCCGCGGGGGGAAAAGGGGGUACAGGGGUGGGUAGUGGGAGUGAGAGUGAGA